UAGUCAUUAGGCUGUAAUUAUUCUAUCUGCUCAGGGUUGUAGUACACUCUAAGGUACUACUAGUAGUGUGUUAGAGAUACUGUAACUGGGAAGUAAGGCAGGAGGUGCUUCAGUUGCUAGGCCUUGUGCUAGCCCUGGUGUGUCCCAAUAACCCCCUAGACACUGGGAGAAAGGAAAGGGGCAUUUUACUAGGGCUGGCAGGAGAGGUAAAGGUUGCAAAUACCCUAGGUAUAGUGGCUUAAACAGAGCUCAAAGUGAAACAAGAGUGGUUCCUAUUUGGGCCCACUAAACAGCUUUUCAGACCUAGUGCCUAGGGUGCUUUCUCCAGUCCAGUUUUCUAUUAAAAGCUAAUAAGACUGUGCAGAUUUCCAGGCCUGGAUCAGUUAGUGGUGUGGCUCAUUAGAACUUCUUUAUGCUGGAUCACUGCCCAGUCUCUGCUGCAUCCACACAUACCUGAACCUGGCUGCAAUGUCCAUCAGUCACCGUAUGCAGUUGCCCAGCUCCUACUGCAGCCUGCUCUGAACACAGUUACUUGGAAGUUCCCCUAUGCAAUCAGCUUCUCUGCUGCUCCACUUCCCCAAGUGCCAGGUUACUUCGUGGGUCAGGGUUUCUCAUAGUUUCUGCCCCUUUUCCUUACUUGCCAGCGGAAAGGGAUGAGCCUGAAUGUCCAUCCCAGAGGGUCAUAGAUCAGAGGAGAAGGGGUUCCUGCUUGGCAGACUGAUCACAAGAGUCUUUCUCCUUGCUUGGUAUCAGUGAGCCAGAGUGAGAUUUCCAAAGCUGUCUAGGGGAUUUAAAAAACCUGUAUCAUUAAAAUUAAUGGAAGAUUUGUCUAACCCUGCCAGACAGCUUUAACGGUCUCCCCUUCAACAGCUUGUAGUUUUAGGGUUUCAGACCUGAGGUAACAUGAUGAUGGCUGUUGGUGACUUGGAUGCCACUCCCUGCUACACUCACACAUGCACAGCUUGCUUAUGUUACAUGAACAUGCCCCUCACAAUGUGGCCAGCUGUUGUGAUCUUUUGUUUUUUUCCUUUGUCACGAGUGAUGGGAUUUUGGCUGGUCUGGAGCCAGUCUCAUCAUGAUGUAAGUAGCCCAAGCCCUUUAGUGUAUUUGAGCCCUCUGGUUAUUUUUCCCCAGGAGGUGGCCAAAUGGGGCAGGCAGCCAACAAGAGCUGCCACAGGAAGAGCGCUGUCUCCUCCUCUUCCUCCCCUCUGCAACAACCCAAAGCCGUCCUCAUAAGAAGGGCAUGUGGAGGGGAUAGCAGAAAGAGCCCAGCAGCUCAGGGCAACUCCACUGCUCUGCCCUCCUCCCCUCUGCAGCACUUGGCCUUGGGGCAUGGAAAGGAGCAGCAGAGGCUGACUCAUUGUACAGUACAUCGGGGAAGACUUUCUGUAAAUUACACAGGAUACAGUCCCAGUCCACUCCUUGCUCCAUGCAAUUUUCCUUGUUUACCCAACUCGCUGAGAUCACUUGCUUGUAAAUUUAUGCUGAUCCUGGCUGCUGACGUCUCAGAUCUUGACCCUGAACUGACACCAACAUUAUCACAGCAGAAACAGGAAGGAAGGGAGUCUUGUUGGUAUUUGCCUUAAAGUCAAAAUUUCUCUCAGAAGUGGAAGCAAUGAAUGGUAGUGUUCCUGAACCUGAAUGUCAGGCUAUUGAAUUACAAGGUGGGAGAGAACUUGAAGAGGAAAAUGAGGUGGACCAUAAUAAACCUCUUAAUCCUGAAGCAUCCAUAACAAAUAAGGGGAGAGCCUACUACUGGAAGUCUUGUGGAGACACAAUUUUUUGGAAAUGUAAACUAUGGAUGGUUAUAUCUUCAGUUUUCCUAGGGCUCCUUCUAGUGAUUAUUAUCAGCUUAAUUCUUUAUUCAGAGGUUUACGUCGAUGAAGAUGAAUAUUGGGAUCCUGAAUCAGUAUCAAGUGGAAACUAUCGCAAUUUUUCUGGAAGACUACAAGUAAAGUGUGUUGCUCAAUCAAAUUAUUCAGAAGAUCUUACUAAGAGGCUAAUAGAUGUCUACAGUUCAUCUCCAGCCCUGGGGCGCUAUUUUAUUACUGCUCAAGUGGAUUCCUUCAGUUAUGAAAAUGCCACUGCAUUCUACCAGCUGGUAUUCUCCUUGCCACCAGUGGCUGAUGAGAUUAUGAAGUACACGAUGAGUGAAGAGUUUGUGUUGAAUGUCUUGCGACAAAAUAUUUAUGAUCAGGAAGAUACUUAUGAUCAGGAAGCACCUGAAUGUACCAAGAUAAGGCUUGAUCCAGCUUCUCUCACAGUAACUUAGUAACAGCGGAAAGAUUCCUAGUUCAUCACAGCCACUUAAGGACAUGUGCUUCCUGUAUCUAUUAACAUCCUGAGGAAUGAGAAUUAAUUUCAUUAUUUUGAAACAUUUCUGAAGAAUAUGGCUGUAUUGUGAACACUUUACACAAUGCAAGAGUGUAUGUAGCGAAUGCAAUAUUUUUAUCACCGCUAAUUAUGCUUUGAAUACAGCCAUCUCCUUCACUGCUGUCCUGACACUCACUCCACCCUUCUCCAAUCCACUUGAAGCUUUGUUGCCAAAAAUCAUGUAACUUGCCUGAUGCUGAGCAUCUUCAUCCACUUUUGCAGCAUCUUCACUGAUUUUACGUUGCCUUUUUAAUAGAAUCCAGAACUUGUUCUUCCCUUCAAACCCCUCCAUAGUCUAGCUCCUUUCUAACACUCCACUCUUCCCACUCUACUGUCAGUCACAUUUUUCUCUUUGCACAUGCCAAGUUGUCCAUGCAGUUGCCCCUUGAACUUUGUUUCCCACACUCACCUCCCAGCUUUGUUCAUGCUGAUUGCGUCCACCAUACUUCAUCCCUCAACCUGAAAUCUCGCUUUAAACCCAUUUCUUGUAAACUGUACAUGCUUAAAUACUUCCUUGUUUUCCUGAUUUUUUUUAAAUGACUUUCAAACUCUUGCAUUAGUCUCUUCCAGAGACCUCUGUCAUGUUGCUCUCUUUCUCAUCCUUCCCUUUUCUCUCCCUCCCUGUGGAGAUGUCUGCUCCUGUUUCUUGCCUUAAUUAGAUUGAUUGUAAGCUCUUAUGGAGCAGUGACUUCAUCUUUAUUGGUACAGUGAAGUGUCAUGUACAUUUAUGAUGCUCUACUAUUGUCUCAUGGCCUGGCCCUGCAAACACUUUGUCACAAGUAUUUCCAUUCCAUUCAGUGGGAUGAGUAAAGUGAAUUUAGGAUGGCUGUACCGCAGAGGUAUGUAGGAUAAAUGUGCUCCUCAGUGACAUGUUCCAGUACGCAGUGUUCUAGGAAUUGUUCAUGGGUCAAUAUAGCUUGCUAACUUAAUAGAAUUAGUCCAUAAUAUGUGUGUCAAAUGGCAAAUAUUUGACACAACUAUAACUUGUUUUUUUAAAAGCCCUUCUUUGAGUCCAUAUCAUGAUUGUCUACAGGGCUCAAGAAAUACUCACCAACACUACAUAUACAGAUAGGAUAUAUGAUCAGAGAUGGUUCUUUUUUUUUGGCCUUUUGAAUGAUCAAAUACUGGUCACAGUUGUAGGCAAAACACUUGACUAAAUUGGUCAGUGGUAACAUCAGGCAAAUCCUUUGUUUCUAAGCAUGUCACUUCCAGAGGCGGCUCUAGGUAUUUUGCUGCCUCAGGCACGGCAGGCAGGCUGCCUUC